AUGUCAGGCUAUUACCAGCAGCCACCGCCGCUGCCUCCUCGAUAUGGCAAUGGGUCUGUUCCUCCUCCCAUCCCGCCGAGACAGACCAGUGGCCAGCCAGCGCAGACAUACGGAGGUAACGCCCAAUAUCCAUAUACAAACGCGAGCCCCCAGCAGCAAACUCAGUAUGGAUACCAAACGGCGCCUCCUCCCGCAUCACCGUAUCCGAAUACAGCAGCACCGGCGCCGUAUUAUCCACCCCCUCCUGGUCCACCACCGCCUGGACACUCCGGGUACUCAUACGCUCCGGCGUCGACAACGCCCGGUCCUGUAGCGGCAGCUCCUCCACAGAGCCCGUCUCAGUCUUAUCCUCCUCCGCAGAGUCCAUCUUACACAUACUCUCCUCAAAAUCCACCUCAUUCCUAUCCCCCUCCGCAGAGUCCAUCUCACUCGUACCCCCCUCCUCAGAAUCCACCUCAGUCGUACCCUCCUCCUUCGCAGACUUCAGCUCAAUCCUAUCCUCCUCCUCAAGCUCCGGCUCAAUCCUAUCCACCUCCCCCACCUCUUCCUGCUCGGGCACCAGUUCAACAGAAUCUGCCCAGCUACCCUCCACAUCCUCCCUAUAAUCCAGCUCAAAAUGCGCAAAAUCCAGUCUCACACACAUACUCUCCCCCACAGCCCGCUCCGUACUACAACAGUCCCCCUCCUGCUGUUCAGUACACACCGGCUACGCAUGCACAAACACCAGCUGCUUCUGUCCAACCCACAACAUAUCAAUAUACACCUACACCUCCUGCGGUAGCGCAACCACCAAGCCUACCUCCUGUCUCGCCACAGCCUCCUACACCGGAGAGAAAUGCUGCUUCAAACGGAACUUUCAGUCCUCUUCCUCGAGAUAACGGGGCUUUUGAACCUAUUCCUCGAGAUUAUAGUGAAUUUGCACCCAUUCCUCGAGACUAUAAUGAGUUUGCACCUCUGCCCCGGCAACAGCCAGCAAAUACUUCCUCGGCUCCUCCUCCACCACCGAUGUCAACCCGUCCUCCAGCCCGGGAGACUUCGAACGACUAUGCUCCUCCUCCGCCUAGUGCUCCAACUGCAGUAGGACAGCAAGCACCAGCAGGAUCAGAACGUCUGCCGCCGCCGCCGCCAUCCAAUACGGCAAAUAAUCAGCAUCAAUAUCCACGCAGACCAGUCGCUGCCCCCAAUACACAACAGACAGUGGCACCGGCUGCUGAUCCUACCUCACCAGUUCAACCAACAAAUAAUGCCGCGUCGAUUCCUCCACCUCCGGCAGAGGCGCAGCAGCCUACCCCAGCACCUAUUUCAGUGCCGCCCCAGGAUCCCAUGGCUAAUCUUUAUACGCAAAUGAACAAUCUCAAUAUGAACCCUGUGGAACAUAACGCGACGCCCCAGCCUUCUACGAGAGCUUUAGAUGACAAUGCACCCCGACCUCCACCUCAUAUCCGCGCAACGGGGGAGCCUCUAGAAGUCAUCACGUAUUGUCCAGAAACGAGGGCAGUGGACUAUUCGCUUUAUUGGUACCGUUUGCCAGACUUGCCAGACUUAUUGAUCUGCACUAGAUGUCACGCUGAUCACAUUCAACCUACACAACUGGCAAGCAAAUUUGAGAGGAUUAAACGGCCAGAUAACUUUAACUCCAUGUGCUGUUUCUGGUUCCCUAGAGUCAAAGAGUUCAUUUGGCCCCAGGCUGUUCGCACCGGCAAUCUGGAUGCACUGCGUGAAUUCUUGAAAAAGCGCCUCAAUGUGAAGGCAUGCAAAGGACGCAACCCCACCGCAGCCUCCGAUGGAAUUAAAUGGUUCGGUAUGACGGGCAGUGAGAUUAACGGAUUCAUCUCGUGUGAGGCUUGCUACGAAGACCGGAUAGCGGGGACGCCAUUCGAGACCAGAUUCUCCCCAUAUCGUGAACAGCCAACGGGCGAGAAUUGGUCUUGUGACGUCUGCGUGCCAUUCAUCUCUCGAGUCGUUGUCAAGAAGGCCAAAGAGAAUGACUGGGCCGGUUUUGUUAGUUUGGCGACCCAUCGCAUCUCCUUGCCUAAAUGCGAGGGAAAGGAUAUACAGUCAAACGACUGCACCUGGUACAUGCCACGGCGCAAGAUUGAGAAUAUGCGAGCUUGUGAAGCUUGUUAUCUGGACCGAGUUGGCUUCACACGGUUUGAGAAUGAGUUUGAAAAGUAUGUCAUGGCCUCGGGCUUCGAUGCAUACUUCGAACACAUGACCCAAUUCUGGUCCUGCAAAUUAACUGAAACCAACCUUCCCCUGGUAUGGGCCAUGGAGAAUGCCAUUGAGCAGCGCGACUGGUCUGUAUUCAGCAGCUCAGCGGAGGUGGCGUGUCGUCUCCCACCUUGCACAAAACACGGAAUUAUUCGCGGCAACUGGUGGACAAUCCAAGGAGGAUGCGAUAACUAUGAUGUGUGCGAAACAUGCUAUACAUCUAUCCUGAGAACUAGCGGAGUUGCUCAAUUCUUCGAGCCCGCGCAGCGCAAUCCCGAGUCAACUCUUGUUUGCGACUUUUGUGUUGCUAGCCCCCGAUUCCGGCAAUACCUCAGGAAAUAUGCUCAAGCUGUGGACUUAGGAGUUUUCAGUUACUUCCUAGACUAUGUUCGGACAUUUGCCUCGAUUCCCGUUUGUCCUGGCCUAGAAGUCGUCGAGAAGGGACAUUGGUGGGGGUAUCCAAAUGCUUUAUUCUGCGAAGAUUGCUAUCUGAGCUUCGUUGCCGACACAAAACUUGGCGAUUCCGUGAUUUUCAAGAAAGCAUAUGAUGAGCGUGCCCAAAUUUGCCAGAUCUGGUCGUCUCGUAUGCGCACAAUGUGGUUGAAAGUCUGUGAUGCUGGACCACCCGAAUCACCCGAGUCGAAAAAGGCAUUGGCGGAAUUCACAGAAUUCGGAAGCAAGCGGUUGAAGAUAUACACUCAAACCGUCCCUCAGAUGAAGUUUAUCCGCGAAAUGAAGCAAAUGAAGAUGCAAAACGCAAUGCACCAGGGCCUUUUGAGUGUCAUGUAUAACGGUAUGGAUGGAUUGUUAUCGAUAUCCGGUGCCACAGAUGGACACCUUCAUGGAAACAGUCAGGUGGGCUGGUAUGACACUGAACAGGGAGCGCAGGGAGCGCAAAUGUUCAAUAACAUGCAAUCUGGUUUUGCUAAUGCAAAUCGGAUGGACGAAUGGAUGCAAAUAUUCCAGCUCGAGAUGAUAUGGAAGGAGGUUGAGUAG